AUGAUCGACACUGAGCGUUAUUGCAGGAAAUGCGUGGAGACAAGGAUGAUGCUGGUCAGGGAACUGGACAAGCAGGAGAAGAUUCUUCUUUCUGUUCUGCCUAAACACAUUGCCUAUGAGGUGAAAGACGACAUGGAGGGCAAGGAAAAGGAUCAAAUGUUCCAUAAAAUCUAUAUUAGAAAGCACGAAAAUAUUAGUAUUCUGUUUGCUGACAUCUGCGGUUUCACGAAUCUCGCAUCAGAAUACACGGCUGAAGAAUUGGUGCUGAUGUUGAACGAACUGUUCGCACGCUUCGACGCUUUAGCCGCUCAGCACAACUGCAUGCGAAUCAAGAUCCUUGGCGAUUGCUAUUAUUGCGUAAGCGGUCUUCCUGAUGUCAAUCAUCAUCAUGCAGCCUGUACAGUGGAGAUGGGACUCGAUAUGAUCGAAACCAUCAAAUUGGUGCGUGAGAUGACUAGGGUCAAUGUGAACAUGCGAGUUGGAAUUCAUUCCGGACGAGCACAUUGCGGAGUACUAGGCUUAAAGAAGUGGCAGUUUGACGUAUGGAGUGAUGACGUGACGUUGGCGAAUCACAUGGAAAGCGGCGGACUUCCUGGGCGUGUGCAUAUCACCAGAGCGACGUUGGACUCAUUGAAUGGUGAAUACAUCGUUGAGGAAGGUCAUGGCAACGAACGAUCGAAAUAUCUGGCUGAACACCAUGUCGACACAUUUUUGGUCGUCGAGGCGAAGAACAAGCAGGCAUCCGCUCGUCCGGCUGUCAGACUGGUAAACAAUUUUCAGACUGUCAACAAAGAGCUCCGUUUAACAGGCCACGCAUCGAAGCUACAACGAGGUCAGAGUCUACGGCAAGCCGUGAAACCCACGAAACCAUUGAAAGACGACGUCGAGUCGCAUCUGAGGCAAGGCAUUCAGGCCAUCAACAAGGAGAGUUGGCGUGACACUCAUUGCCAUCGCAUCACGUUGAGAUUCAAGGAGUCGAAUGUCGAGAAAAAGGUGAUUGACCUCUACUUAUGCUUGUAUGUGUGUAUGUGUGUGUGUCUUUGUUUGUUUGUUUGUUUCGUUUGUCACUUUGAUCAUUCUCCUUAUCUACAUCGCUGCCAAAGCAUUCUUGGUAAGGAUGUGUCUAUGAGUAUUGGAAGCAUCUCUCUAUACGAGUCUCUCUCAAAGAUUCUCUUAUUCCACACCUUUAAUUCUAGAUUUGGCCUUGAUUACCAUAAAGAAAUAAACUUCGAAAUCAAUGGAAACAGUGAGUAA